UAACUUUAAAAAGAGACACACUUGCGUAUCUUGUAUCGUGUGCCGAAUUAAACAACGUUGUUUGUUUCUUAAAAUUAUCGUUACUCUUAAUAAUUAAUUAAUUAAUAUAUUUUAACCCGAAGGUUCUUGGAAACUAUAUAUUCGAAAAACAAAAACAUAUCAAGAAAUAGAGACCUUGAACGCAUAGGAAAUUCCUGAUGGCUGACAUACAAUAGUUCAGAUGCAAUGUAAUGUUUAUUUAAUCUUAGUGUAAUAAAAAACUGAAAUUUGGAAAGGUAUUGGUGAUUGUUAUUGGAUCCCUAGAAGACUUGUGAAUUAUGAGAAACAAAAGAGUAUUACUACUGGUUAUGACGUUUUUAACGUGCAAAUGUUUGAUAGAAAUGAUUACAAUAAGGGCAAAAACCUCAGAGGCUGUACACGGUGACGUAUUGAAGCUUGUGAGGGACCUUAAAGGUAACAGGUCGGCACCUCAUAUAUUGUUUAUUAUUGCUGAUGAUCUUGGAUUUAACGAUGUUGGAUAUCAUGGUUCCGAAAUCAAGACACCAAAUCUGGACACUCUGGCAACGACGGGGGUCAGGCUAGAAAAUUAUUAUGUUCAGCCCAUCUGUACGCCAACCAGAGGCCAAUUACUCACUGGCAGAUACCAGAUUCAUACAGGUCUUCAUUGGGUAUUAUGGCCGGCAACACCGACAGGUCUAUCUCUUGAUAACCCUACUAUCGCCGACAAGCUUAGAGAAGCUGGUUAUGCUACACAUAUGGUUGGAAAAUGGCAUCUUGGUUUCUAUAAAGCUGAUUAUUUACCAACACGUCGAGGUUUUGAUACAUAUUUUGGAUUUCUUAGUGGACAUUCUGACUACUACACGCAUGUGACGGGGAACUACCAAGAGAAGGUCAUGAUCGGAUACGACCUUAUGGAGAAUGACAAACCAGCAAACAUAUCGAAAUACAACGGUACUUACUCAACACAUUUAUUUGGCUCUAAAGUAAAAGACAUCAUAAAUGGACAUGACCUCAAAAAGCCGAUGUUCAUCUACCUAUCAUUCCAAGCAGUGCAUGCACCAUUGCAAGUUCCGUACAAAUAUUUAAGACAGUACAGUCAAAUCAAAGAUGCAAAGAGAAGGCAGUAUGCAGGAAUGGUGACAUGUAUGGAUGAGACAAUAGGCGAUAUAGUUGAAGCUAUGAAAAAGCGCAGGAUGUGGGAAAACACAUUGCUUAUCUUUUCAACAGACAAUGGCGGUAAUCCUAACGUUGGUGGUAGCAACUUGCCUCUUAAAGGAACAAAAAGUACUUUAUGGGAAGGAGGUAUACGUGCUGUGGGAUUCGUUCAUAGCUUUCUCAUAGGUCACAAAAGAAAUGGUUAUGUUUCGAAUGAGCUCAUGCAUGUAACUGACUGGUUUCCUACGCUCGUCAAUCUGGCCGGAGGUGAUUUGAAAGACAAUAAACAGUUAGACGGAUACGACCAAUGGCAAACGAUUAAAUAUGGUAUUCGAAGCCAGCGACAGGAAAUUCUUCAUAACAUUGACCCGUUAUAUAAUAAUACUUAUUAUACAAGAAGAUCUUCAAUUAGAAUUGGAGCAUGGAAAAUUAUAAUUGGUCAACUAGGUCCUGACUCAAGAAAAAAACAGUCCACUGAUCUCGAUAACGUCUGCCUGUUUAAUAUAGAGAGCGAUCCAUUUGAACAAAAAGAUUUGUCAGAGCAAUUCCCUCAAAUUGUAGAAAAUAUGCUUCAAAGACUUGAAGAAUAUGACAAAGGUUCAGUUUCAUGUCAAAUACCUAGAGUGGAUUCACGUGCAAACCCAGCAUAUCAUGAUGGAUUUUGGCAACCGUGGCAGUAAUGGAAGAAUGAAAUGUUUUUGUCUUGUUGAAGCGGCUGUCAUCUGAAUGCCAAAACUGACAUAUUUUUUAAAAAAACAUUACUUUUUGUGUGCAUGGGCUACAUCUAGUGAUUUGCAUGUCAAUUACAUUUGUACAUACUUCUCUUUCAUAUAUCAACCAUAGACUGUUCAAUACAAAAAGGACAUAUUUUCUUAUUGCAUUUAAUGUUUUAGGAAUAUAAAAAAGUUCUAACAAUAAUGUUGACUUUAUUACACAUGUUAUUUUACAAAAGACGAGUAGCAGUUUGAUAUGUGAGGACAUCAAUUAAGCUUGGGAGUGUGCCUUACAAAACAUUUCAAUCGUGUUAUUAUAAUAUACUUUAAGAGCUAAAAACAACAAAAAAUCGAUUAAAAAAUAAACCAGUUUAAAACCUUUCUAAACAAAUAGAUGUUGUUAAAGACAUAUCUUAUUUUCUUAAAUACUACAUUAAAAAUUUACACAUUCUUUUAACUUUCAAAUGAGUUGUGUUUUUUAGCUUGACAGUUUACUUUAAUUAACUAACCGAUUCAACAACAAAGGUUUUCUGUUGCCUCUGCGACUGUCUGUAUACAGUUUAUUUACGUAUUUAUCUUAUUUCAGGUUUGAAUGAUGACAGUUUGUAUAUUAUUUCUUUUUUAUCUUAUAUAAAAUGAAAUGCAUUCAUAGAAAUAAAUAAUAAAUACUUGUAUAAUGUAAAAUAAAUCAUAAAUAUUUUA